CGCUGUCUUCAAUUUAUCCCGGCAGGUGCUUCAUCAGGAAUCGGGGAAGCUACGGCAGUGCGUUUCGCCUCCCAUGGCUGCUGGCUUGCGCUGACUGGAAGGAACAAAAAGGCCUUGGAAAGCGUGGCUGAGGCGUGCUGCGCGAAGGGGAUCUCACAAGACAAGGUGCUUGUGGUACCCGGCGAUAUCACAGUCGAGGAGGAUAUUGCGGCUAUAGUGGAAACGACAGCCAAGCAUUUUGGAAAAAUUGACAUACUGGUGAACAAUGCAGGAAUCAGCAUGAGGAAGACUCUUGAAAACUCCACUGUAGAGGACUACAACCUCGUCUGGCAAACUAAUUUUCGGGGUCCUCUCUGGAUGAUAAAAUACACUGUUCCCUACUUACGGCGAACGAAAGGCAGCAUUGUCAACGUUUCAAGCAUAGCAUCGACAAUUGCGGUUAACGUCGCAACACCUUACUGCGUGACGAAAGCCGCGCUGGAUCACCUGUCCCGAUGCGCAGCACUGGAUUUCGCAACGCCUUGUUGGAGAUGCCAUCCGGCCCGGGUGCGGAUCUACCAUUGAGUCCAUGUAGAGCCC